AAAUGCUAGAAUCCAAACAGGCCAUAAAGUGAUUUCCCCUUACUUGCCUUCUCACUUUCCCUUCCUUCACUAACCAAAAAUCCGGGUGUCAAAAAGAAUGGCGGACAGUUGCAUGAAACCCAACCACCAAGAACACCACAACAGCCAUCCUAAAAAUUCUGACCCUCAAAUUCCAUCCAUUUACUGCGACAUACACUUACCAUUGGGAAAUUCCGCCUCCACCUUCAACCUUGAGAACGCAGUUUGCAGCCAUGGCCUUUUUCUCAUGGCGCCAAACCAAUGGGACCCACAUACAAAAUCCCUUUUCCGUCCCCUCCGUCUUUCUUUUUCCUCCUCCGCCCUCGUCCGUAUAUCCUCUGGGCAGUUCCCUCAUACAGUCCUCGUCCGCGUCUACGGCGCGCGGUGUCUCUCUCCAAAAGAGAAGGAAGAGGUGGUUGUGCAAAUACGGAGGAUGCUGAGAUUGUCGGAGGGAGAAGAUAAGAAAGUGAGGGAGUUUCAGGAAAUGCAUUCCGAAGCUAAGCAGAUGGGUUUUGGUAGGGUUUUUAGGUCACCCACUUUGUUCGAAGAUAUGGUUAAGGCCAUCCUUUUCUGCAAUUGCCAGUGGUCGAGGACUCUAAGCAUGGCUAAAGCUCUUUGUGAACUUCAUCUGGAAUUGUGGUGUUGCUCAUCCACGGUAUCUGUAAAUGCUGUUGGUGAUACAAAAUCAGAAGUUGCUGCAAGUAGGCCUGAUAGCUUUACUCCAGGGACACCUGCAGUAAAAGAGUCGGAGAGGAAGCGUAAAUUACAAAAAGUUGUAAGCAGCAUACAUGCGGAUGCUGAUGCUGUAGAUGGUUCCAAAGCUGUUUUGAAUGCAAGGUUGAAUCCUGUUCUUAUGGCAGAUGGGAUUCAACUGAAGGAGAAAUUGGUAACAUGUUUUGUCUCAUCAUCCAGAGAUGAAAAUGUUAAUGAGGCUGCUACUUCUGGUCAUGGUCUUAAUGAAUGUUCUGGAAUAGUUUCUGAAGGAAUAGGAAUAGUAGUGUGUUCUACCGAAAAGACGGGGAACUUUCCUAGCCCAGCAGAAAUAGCCAGCAUAGAUGAGAAGUAUCUAGCAAAGCGCUGUGGCCUUGGUUACAGAGCUGGUCGCAUAUUAAAACUUGCACAAGGUGUAAUUGAGGGCAGGAUCCAACUUGACCAACUUGAAGAUUUAUGCAAGGAAGCUAGCUUGUACAACUACAACAAAGUGGAUGAGAAGCUAAGAGAAAUCGAGGGUUAUGGUCCUUUCACACGUAGGAACGUGCUGAUGUGCUUAGGGUUUUAUAACGUUGUCCCUAGUGAUUCUGAAACUAUAAGGCAUUUGAAACAGGUUCAUGGGAGAACCACCACUGUCCAAAACGUUCAAAAAGUGGUUGAUGAGAUGUAUACAAGAUAUGAGCCAUAUCAAUUCUUGGCCUACUGGUGGGAAAUUUGGAGUUUCUACGAGCAACGUUUUGGUAAAUUCAGUGAAAUGCCAUCCUCGGACUAUAAACUUAUUACUGCAAGUAACAUGAGAAUUAACAAGACUAAGCAAAAGCCUGCUUGAAUUUGCAUACGUGGGAUUCAAUUGGUGCUUGUGGACUAAGUAGAGGAGCAACAAGUGGGGCUCUCAGAUAUUCAAAGCUUGUAUACGAACGGGAGAACACGCUACAAAGGUGAUUAUUCUUUCGUCUUAAUCUGAUCUAUACUAUUGUUAUGCAUGUGAUCCUGUGAUAGAUGUUAAGAAAUUGUUUCUUAAAAUUCCGCUUUAUGCAUCUAUAUUAUUCUACAGUGGUAUCAGUUUUAGCCUCUUGCAUAAUAUUUUAUGAUCAUGAUUGUAUGCAACAUUAUAAUUUUGAUUCAAUUAAAUAAAGAUUUAUUUAUGGCUUUAAUUUGCAUAAUUGAUAUAUGAUAUUAAUUAAUUGGAAAUAAUAAAUCCUGAUUUAUUUAAUUUAUGCUCAAAAUAAAUUUAUAAAAUUCCGAAAAAUUUAACCUAAAGCCGAAAUUAACAGUUA